GCUGCUUUUGUUCUACAAAAUCUCCUUGUGAUCCCAAUUCCUACAGAAGUUGUCAAAGAUUGUAUUUGGCAAGGUCCCUGUGUACAUGAUGAAGAAUCUGGCCUCUCUCAGACAGGAAAACCUGCACUGAAGGCCCUUUUGUAUCACUGCAGAUUCUAUGAACAUGUGAAUCAGAUGGUAAAACACUGUUACCUAGGAUGUUAUAUGUUUGAUUUGAAUUCUUCCAAGGAAGAUGACACUAUCAUAGAAAAAGGUGGUAUAACUGAUUUUGAUGAUUCUCUUAAUCUUUGGAAGGCUUCAUCCACUCAAAGCCAAUCUUCACAUUCUCAGUCAACAUCUGAAACUAUGAUUCGGUCUGCAUCACCAUCACUGGGGAGUGUUACUGAGCUUCAGGCAAUAGUCCCAACAAAUUCAAACAGUUUUAUUCCUGAAACUGUAGUUAAUCGGCUUAUGGCACAAGGUCAAAGUGAUACAACCACACCAGAAUCUCCAAGUCAACAUGAUUCUCCCAUGUCUGCUACUCUAUCUAAACAGCGUGCUGUAGUCACACCUGCCCUUCUCUCAGCUGUUUGCAGCCUUCUGCACAAUCUGCUGGUUAUCACACCAAAAGAUACUGGAAUUGCUCUUCAGGAAGCACAUUUGCUAACAGCUCUCAGCAGUCUUGUAAGUGCUAAUGUGGUUGAGAGAUGUGUCUUGGAACUGAAAGCUCCACUGGGUCAUCCACGUCAUGUAGAACAUGUAAAAACUCAGGUAUUAUUACUACUUCAAUACUUGUCAUCUGUGUCCAGGCUUCUGAAAUCAUGUUUAUUGGUGGACUCUCAGCUUGUAAUCCAGGAUGAACUGUUGAAACCUCUCUUGGGAAAUACCUUCAUGAUUCUUGCCAUUCGCUCCAACGGUGGGUUAGAUACCGAGUUAACAUCUGUACUUCAUGAAACGUGGGUAGACUUUUUCAACCUCCUAGCUACAUUAUUGUGGAAGAGUGGCCAAAUAUCUUUUCCAUCUGUGACAGCAGCCCUUGCAAAUCAUUGUACAGCAAUAAUUGAUACCAUUUGUGAUUGUAUUCAUCUGUCAACCACAUAUCCUGCUUUAUAUAUGGCUAGUUUACAGUUCCUCUCUGUCCUUUUGAAUGAGGAAGGAAGACGACAUCUCCAAGAUAAACAGAGUAUAUGUCAGAAUCCAACUAUUAGCUUUCUUCUGGAUCACGUUGAAGGAUGCCAGGCAUCAGUAACUCAACUUACUGCAUUAAUUAUUCAGGACUAUGAAAGAAAAUCUUCAAAGGAUGUGUUGAAAGAAGUUGCUACAAAUGCAUUGCUGUCUCUGUUAGCUGUCAGUAAAACUGCCCAGAAAUGUGCUUUGGAAGUUGACCUGAUAGACAGCUGUAUAGAAAACAUGAAGCAUAUUCAUGCACAGCUGAAUUUGGAUUCCCUAAAGCCUGGGAAAGCACAGAAGAAAAAGGAGGAUAACAUUAUCAAGCAGUUAAGGCGUUCUAUGCAGCUCCUCAGAAACUGCCUCUUUGAAAGUGAAGAAUGCAAAAUGGCAGCACUCAAAGCUCAUCUUGUUCCUGUUCUGCAUUCCCUAUGGCCGUGGUUUUUAACAGAUGAUGACUCAAUGCAAAUAGCUCUGCAUUUGCUUUGUGUCUACACUGCAAACUAUCCUGCAGGUUGUGCUUCACUUUGUUGGGCCAGUGGUGGACAAUCAUCACUUCCCUCUGCACGAAGUGCAGCUGGCAAUUCAUUAAUGCAUAACAUCUUGAAAUUGGCUUCCCAAGUGUCCAACGAUAACAGCUCAAUUCAGCAGGUGGUCUUUUGUCUUCUUUCUAACCUUGCUCUGUCUCAUGACUGUAAAGGCAUUAUUCAGAAGAGUAACUUCCUGCAGAACUUUUUGUCUCUUUCAUUACCAAAAGGAAGUCAUAAAAAUCCUGGUAAUGUGUCUACUCUUUGGCUAAAGCUGCUGCUGAACAUAUCUUUUGGAGAAGAUGGACAGCAGAUGAUCAUGAAGAUAAAUGGUUUUUUAGACCAGAUUGUGGAAAUGUGCCAAUACAAACACAAGAGCAGCCAACAUCUAGCACUUCUUAUUCUACAUAACAUGUGUUUUAGUCCAACUAAUAAACCAAAGAUAUUAGCUAAUGAUAAGGCGAUUGCAGUACUGUCUGCCUGUUUGGAAAGUGACAAUUGUGCUGUUCAGAGGAUAGGAGCAGCUUCGCUUUGGGCUUUGCUUCACAACUAUCAGAAGGCAAAAGUGACUUUGAAGAACCCAUCAAUAAGGAGAAGAAUAGAUGAGGCUUAUUCUUUAGUGAAGAAAACUACUCCACAGACAGAAGAAAAUGAGCUACAUGCCUACUAUUUAAAAUGCUUAGAGAAUAUAGUGCAGCUUCUUGAUUGUUAAUGAUAAUUAGAUGACUUCUUAUGUUGAAAUUAGACAGCUUAUUCAAUGGGAGCUUGGAAUUUAAAGAAAACACUUCUAAUUCAUGUAUCUGUGGCAGCAGCAUAUAUGCAAUAGAAGAAAUUUAUGAAGCCUUGGAGGAAGGAAUUCAUCACUUCGAACCAAAGGAAUUGCACUAAAUGUGGUUCAGACUAUUUGUACUGUAAUCCCAAUGGGAAAUUAUAAUGAGGCUACUAUAUGUACACAAAAGGAGGAAUGUACAGAGAAAAAGGAUGUGAAAAAUCAGUAAUUUUCUUAAAUUAUAUAUUGAAAUUGUUACUGUAAAGUAUUAAAAUUGCUGUUUUGGAUUGGUCUUAAUAAAG